ACGUGUUUUUCGAUGGCCGACGAAUAACUUUACCGACGUUCUACUUUUUUUUUGAUUGAUUCGUUAAAAACGUGACAAAUUAAUACAUAAUAUCACUCGCACAGUGGGCUACACUCAUCAUCAAGGCUAAGUUAUAUUUGUGGAUUUUUUUUCAAAUUCUUUAACAGUUUUGUUUUCCCUUGGUUCGUGAUUGGUCUUACGUCAGCGUGUAGAGGCAUUUCUACGCUCCGAUUUUUUUUUUCUUCUUGUUUACGUUAGCUGGAAUGGACGCUUACUAGGUAAAAAUAUGAUCGAAACCAUUGGCAACGCGGUCAAAUAUCGAGUUUUAUAGUUGGAGAAGUACAUUUGGUGUGCCCCGGGAUACGACAACGCUUUGGUAUCGACUGAGACCAAGAUUGCAGUGUGCAGCUUUGUUCGCACUCUCAACCUUGUUGUUGUCGUCCAACGUGUCCAGAUGAUCGAGGUGGUGGCCUCCAUGGCCCGAGGCCCCGUGUUUCUGGCCGGGGAGCUCAUGGAGUGUCUCAUAACGUUCACCAACCCGAUGUCCCACCUGUCCACCUCGGCCAGCAGUGAGAUGUUGGCGUGGGCCAGCGCCCAGAUUCACUGUCAGUUCCACGCCAGCGAGAGCAAGGUGGCCCUGCCGAGCCAGGGCAACAAACAGGACGUACAGGCCGAAAGUGACACGGUGCUUAUUCCAAGCAGAGGAGAGCGAGGGCAGUGUGUGCUGGACACACCACCGAAGAUACUUUUCUGUGACCUAUGCCUGGACCCUGGGGAGAGCAAAACCUAUUCAUACAGCGAAGUCGUGCCCAGCGACGGCCCUCCGAGCUUCCGUGGUCAGUCGGUGAAAUACGUCUACAAACUGACCAUCGGCUGCCAGAGAGUCAACUCUCCCAUCAAACUCCUGCGCGUUCCCUUCAGAGUGCUGGUUCUGCAGGGCAUGCCAGAGCCUCCAUUUCCCCAGGAUGAGGAAGUCUCCCCCUUGAACCCGUUCCUCGAGGAAGAGGAAGCGAGCCGCAGGGAUGCCCGGCCUCUGGAGAGAGCACUGGACAUGCUGAUGGUCACCACCUCGAGACGCUGCCCACACAUGUUCAACAUCACCAAUAUGCGAGGGAAAGUGGCAAAGUUCUGCAUCUUCAAAAUCGUUUACAGACUCGGGGAGGACAUCGUCGGCACGUUCAACUUCUCCGAGGGCGACAUUCCCUGCUUACAGUAUUCGGUGAGCCUCCAGAGCGAGGAGGAGAUCCAGCAGGAGUACCAGCGUCGCCCUGGCCAGGCGGUCAGCGUGACGGGACACGGGCGACACAUGGAGUCCUGCCUCCACACCGCCUCCAGCCACUUCUCCCUCCCCAUCCCCCUCAACGUCACGCCAGGUUUCAGCACAGACAUAGUGUCUCUCAGGUGGCGCUUGCACUUCGAGUUCGUCACCGCCCGGCAGCCAAUGGAGCCGCCGACCGUUCUGCAGAACCAAUCGGAGGUCACCGUCUGGACCGGGGCGGAGCACGUGGACGUGGACACCUUCAGCUGGGACCUUCCCAUCAAAGUACUGCCCACCAACCCGGCCCUGGCUUCCUACGUGUCCCAGUUCACGGGGACCAACAGCAUUAAUAUUUGACCGAGAGACUGUGAGCGUGUGACGAUCGGGUGUUAAUAUUUUGUGGUUAUGAGGGUAUCGUGAGAGACCGUUAGAUUUUCUUUCCAGAUGAGGAAUAUUUGCACAGAUGUGCACAUUUCUGGAAUAAUAUUGUUUUGUUUUUUUCAUUGUAUAUGCAGAACCAGUAAUGGACUUCAUGUGUUAAGUAUGCAACCUAUAAUUUGCCUUUUGUCGUAUGCAUUUUUUGAUGCAUCCUAACUUUGAAUACAUAUAUAAUACAUAUUCCUUAUCAGGAAGACUGACGCACAUUGACCGCGUGAAGUGCAACCAUCCCUGUGGUUGUUGUGCAUUUCUGUAUUCAUAUCAUUUUUUCCUUUUUUUUUGACUCCUUUAUUCCAUGCACACUUGGCAUUUCAGAUUUUUAUGAAACCGCCUCUUUCUUAUCCAAGAUUUUUUUUUUUUUACUGUUUUAACUGUCUUUCUUUUAACUUCAAAGGCUGAAAGAAAAGCUGUACUGAGCUGUAGAUACUACAAGAGGAAAUAUAAAAGUGUGAUUAAAAAUUUUAAUAAAUCGUGUGUGGGGCCUCGUCCCCGUCACUUCACAGAA